GUGGAAACCAUGAUGAUUUCUUCUCGACUGUCAUGGUUGUCUAAAGGUUGAUUUUGUUUUUGUUACAUUUUUCAUAUUUAUAUUAUUACAAAGCACUCUUAAAAAUAAAAAAAUGAACAGAAUAAUAUUGAAUAAUAGUCGGUGCUUAAAAAAAUCGACUUUAUUAUGGGAGACCAGACAGUAUCAAAAUUUUCCAUAUGUCACACUUUCAAGAUCUCUGUCAUAUUACACAACUCAACUAGUUGGAUUGCAUCAUGAUGUCACACAGAAGCCUCUUAAUACAAGAGUCCAUUGUUACCUUCCUUAUAUCAGGCCUAUAUCAACAAGCAGUUAUUAUUAUGACAAGGAACCCUUAAAACCAUCCUCCAAAGUAGAGGCCACAGUAGAGACUAUAAAGAAAGGCAUAGAAGAAAAGGAGAAACUGCCUAAAAAGGAAGAAAAAAAGAAAAGUGUUAAAGAGCGCAUUAUGGAUGAAUUACGUCAUUACUAUCAUGGUUUCAGGUUACUGUUCAUUGAAGUUCGAAUAUCAACAUCAUUAUUGUUCCGUAUAUUAAAAGGAGAGUCUCUGACUCGAAGGGAACACAGACUUUUAGUGACAACAAUAGGUGAUCUCUUCCGUAUGGUACCUUUUAUUGUUUUCAUUGUAGUACCAUUUUUAGAAUUUGCUUUACCAUUGUUCAUUAAACUUUUCCCUAGUAUGUUACCGUCCACAUUUGAGAGCACUAGUCAGAAGGAAGCUAAACUGAAACAACAUUUGAAAGUGAAACUGGAAAUGGCAAAAUUUUUCCAAGAAACUCUCGACCAAAUGGCACCACAGGCUAAAAAUCGACAUUCAGAACUUGCUAAAGAGUUCUCUAGUUUCUUCAAUAGAAUAAGAACAUCAGGUGAUGUUGCUACCAGUGAAGAGAUUAUGAAAUUCUCAAAAUUAUUUGAGGAUGAAAUAACCUUAGAUUCUUUACAACGUCCACAUUUAGUAGCCCUUUGCAAGGUGUUGAAUGUCUCUACAAUAGGUACUAGUGCAAUGUUACGGUUCAACCUUAAGAUGAAGCUGCGAUCAUUAGCAGCUGAUGACAAGAUGAUUGCAAAAGAAGGUGUGGAUAGCUUAAAUUUCAGUGAGUUGCAACAAGCUUGUAGAGCUCGUGGUAUGAGAGCGUAUGGUGUUUCGGAAGAGCGAUUAAGAAAAGAAUUGAGGAACUGGUUAGAUUUGUCUUUAAAUGAGAAAGUACCACCGUCUUUACUUCUCUUGUCUCGAGCCUUGAUGGUUCCAGAACAUGUGCCUACAACAUACAAGUUGAAGGCAACAAUUUCUGCUUUACCUGAACAAGUAGCUACUCAAACUAAAGCUGCUAUUGGAGAGAAAGAGGGUAAACUUGAUUUUAAGGUGAAAGCUGAAGCUAUCAAGCUGGAAGAGGCAAAGAUCAAAGAAGAGAAACAAGAGUUGCAGGAGGCAGAAAGAGAAAAAGAGAUAUUGGAGGCAAAGAAGAGAGAAAAAGAAGAACUCAAAGACAAAGCUCCUAUUGUUGACCCUGAAGCAACUCCAGUUAUAGUCGACACAGCUCCUGUAGUAAAUGUAGAUACACCGAAGAAGACUGAAGAAGGCCUAUCUGGCAAAGACAUUGAAGUCAUUGAAGAUGCUUUAGAGAAAUUAGCUGAACAAAAGAGGUCUCUGCUGCUAGAGAAAGAGAGUAUCCAGGAGCUCAAGGAGGAGCUAUCAGAGUACAGUGAAGAUGUGAAGGAGAUGCAGGAGAUUGUCAAAACGAAGCAGGCAGACAUUAAGUUGACUAAAGGUGCUCGCAGAUUGUACCGUGCCGUAAACAACAUGAUAAGUAAAUUGGACGCUGCGUUAGUGGAACUGGAGAGCAAGGAGAAAGCACUGAAGACAACCCUGGAACAGACGAAGACGGAGCCGCAGAAAGCGAAGGAGCAUCUGAUCCAGAUCGAUGAACUUAUGCAUUCCAUUAAGAGCCUUCAGAAGGUUCCCGACGAAGCGAAACUGAAGUUGAUACAAGAUGUACUGGGCAGGUUGGACGACGAUUUCGACGGACAGUUGAAAAUUGAUGAUGUUUUGAAGAUGUUAGAAUUUAUCGGCAACGAGAAUGUAAAUCUAUCAGAGAAGCAGAUGGCGGAACUGAUUGAGCUGUUGGACAAGGAAGAGAUUCUAGAAGUUGAAAGCAAGAUACAGAAGGCGCUGGACAAGGCAGCAGUUGCUGCGAAGGAACAAGACAAAUCCUCAGAAUCUGAUGGAAAGAGUAUAUUCGACCUGAUUCGCGAGGCGCAGAGGAGGCGGGAGAUGAGGAAAGCUGAAGAGAAGUUCGCUGAACAACCACCCAUCCCCCCUAAGGGCGACAAAAUCGUCACCAAACCCAGUGAGAGCAGUAAACGGCCCGAGAGUCAUUGAAACAAAGCUUUAUAAUUAGUUAAAGUGUAAAUAUGGCGGUGGAUGUUUACGUUUUCGCUCCGGUUUGGUGCAAAUCGACAGCGAUAGUGUUUGUAACAGUUUUAAUAUAUGAACGCCAUAAUUAUAUGGAGUUUUACCCAUAUGUAGCGAGGGCGUAGACAUAAAACGGGUUCCGCUAUGAAUCUAUCGAUAUAUAUUCCUAAAAAGUAUACAAAACACCUAUUAAAUAUAUUAAGAUUUGUUACUAAUAUAAAGUUGUCUAUCAUUGUGGUAUCUCUCGAUACUCGAUGUACAUAAUACUUAAUUAUACAUAUGUGAUACUGUUUUGGGUUGCAGAUGAGUAAUUCAUCUUAUCCUGCCAUUUAAAUACAAUUUAAAAAUAACUAUUUUCAUGUAUGAUGAUCUAAACAGAAAUGCCCGUUUACCCCACACUACGCUCUUAAGUAGAUGUUUAUUUUGUUUAUAUAAUAUUACCCUUAUGACAAUAAGCAUUUUGUAUACAUGUAAUCAAUCAUAUUAAAUAAUAUGUUUAUAACAAUUACAUAGUAUAUUGAAUGUAAUAUGUUCAUGUCGUACAAACUUUUAUUUUUCCAUUAUAACUUUUUCUGUCUGGUUUCUUCAUGGUUAUUACAGAGAUUUAUCUAUCUUAUUAUUUUAUGCAUUUCUGUGAUCACUUUUGAGUUGUAAGUUUUAUUUUAUUGUUUUAGUCUACUUUGUAUAUUAUUGCACAAAUUGUUCAUGUUUAACAUGUAAUAUUUUGGUCUUAUGUAUCCAUUGGGUGUCCAUAAAAAGGCGCCAUAGAAAAUACAUACUAUAUAUUUAUAAUAAAACUAAUUUAAUUACCAUAAUAUAAUGUUUGUAUAUAAUUAAUCAAAUAAUAUAUUGUGUAAAACACAAUCGGUUGGGGUAUUAUAACACGAAAUAGUUUUUACUAUAUACAUUUCUAACUAAACUACCUUUUUUAAUAGCUCAGAAUUGUUGUUAAACAAAAAUCUUUAAAAUAUGUUAAAUAAAGUAACAUUAGUUACCAUCCGAAACAAUAGUUUGAUAUCCAGAUCUACUUACCCUAACCUGUCUAAGAUUGCAUGUCUGAUGUAUUAUAUGUAAAAACAAUAAAUACAUUAUUAUGUGAAAAAAAAAGAAAAAGAAAUUCCACUCUGCCUACUUUCUUUAAAGAAAUUGAAAAUUACUUAAUGAACUUUAAGUCAGAUAAUAAAGAAAUGGUGUAAUA